AUGGCGACCUUGGUGCUGCAAAGGAAGCUCUUAUUUUUGUUUUUGACUGUCACGGGUGUUCUGAGUGUCUACGUUUUGGUGGUGACCCGGCAAAUCGAGGUACCAUGGCAUAUGAUGGAGUUUAUCCACUUCAACCAAACGUCCACCAGCUACGGGUCAAAGAAUACCGAAGGUUUUCUGAGAAGGUACGAAACGUUCCAGCCGUCCGAUGCAACAGAAAAUGUGCCUACAGUUAUGCCAAGAACAACCUCCAAAGUCACCACAGCACCACAAAGAAAAAUCUCACCAACUCCAAAGACUCAAGCUAGACCCAACCAGCCCGUCAAACCUACUGAGCCGGACUUUAUUGGCGAUAGAUAUGCGACGGAUGAUACCCCUCCACAAACAAACUGUCCAGACAGCAUAAGGAAGAAAGUGGUGCAUACACAAUUUGCAGAGAAGUUUUUGGGGCACAUCCCAGUCCUGCAGUGGGCGAAACACGCCACUCCUGAGGAAUACAAGCGCUUGCAUCGCUAUUCUGGAGCACACGGCUGGGGAAACCUGGACUACAAGACUCUCUCAGAUUCUCUAUCAAUCAUGAACACCCCUGCAAAUCGGUUUAUGUUUGAUGACUGGGAACACCGUGCCAACAGAUCCAAGUGUAUCCGCUGUGCUGUGGUGGGAAAUGGAGGGAUUCUGCACAAUUCCAGGAAAGGCCUGGAAAUUGAUCAGCAUGACUAUGUCUUCAGGACCAAUGGUGCCGUGAUUAUAGGCUUUGAGGAGGAUGUAGGUUCCCGCACCUCCUUUUACACAUUCUCCACCAACACCUUACGAAACUCCAUGAAUAGCUAUGCUGGUGCAGGGUAUAACGGCCCUCCACAGUCUGAGGAGACCAGAUACGUAUUCUUGCCAGACCAUGACCGAGACUACAUUCUCAUGAGAGCAGCGUCAACACACACUCCAGUGGACAGAGGACCAGAACGCAGUAAAAACCCACCAACAUAUUUUGGAGAAAAAGUGACGGUAGAGAAGUUUAAAAUGUAUCACCCAGACUUUAUCCGCUACCUCAGAAACAGGUUCCUGCAUUCAUCCAUCCUGAACACUUCAUAUCGGAACAUCUACCGACCUUCAACUGGAGCCACCAUGCUGUUGGCUGCUCUCCACACAUGUGACCAGGUCAGCGCCUAUGGCUUCAUGACCCCAGACUACAAUAAAUACUCAGACCACUACUAUGACAAAUCCCAGCACCCUGUACGCUUCUACGCUAACCAUGAUCUGCGUAUGGAGAUGCUGCUGUGGCAACAGCUACACAAGGCCGGACUCAUUCGCCUGUACAUGCGACAGUGAUGCUGGUCUCUGGGGGGAAAAAGCAUUUUUUUCCCUAAAAUACUGAAAAAAGGGUUUCCUGUCAGCCCUCUCUGUGGAUGAAGAACCUCAGAGGGGUUAACGAGAGGAGGAAAUGCCUCCAGUGAUUUUUAAUUUUUAGUUUCCAGAACUUAAUGUUUUUACAUUUUCUCUGAUCUAAUGAAAGUCAUGGAGCUCC